AUGGAUAAAGUUUGCACUUUUUGCAACGCAAAAAAGUGGGCUGGUGAGCAACCAGGGCUUUGUUGCUCUGGGGGCAAAAUCAAACUCCCUUCUUUAGACGAACUUCCCCUGCUGCUUAGGGACCUCCUUCUGGGUACAACUUCGGAGUCAAUGCAUUUUCUUGAAGCAAUACGGAAGUACAACUGUUGCUUCCAGAUGAUGUCUUUUGGUGCGAAGGCUAUUAGUGAGUGGGGAUGGAUGCCUACUUUCAAAGUGCAAGGCCAGGUUUACCACUUAAUGGGAUCGCUUAGAACCGACUCCUACAUUCACCUUUGUGAUGGUCUGCGUUCUGAUGGUGACCCACGCAAUCUCAGCAAACCAUGCAUUUUGCCUUCCUCUUACACUGGUGGCCCUCGAUACAUGCAUGAAAGGACACAAGAUGCAAUGACCUAUGUCCGUCAUUAUGGGAGGCCUGAUUUGUUCAUUAUGUUCACAUGCAAUCCGAAAUGGGUUGAAAUCACAUGCGAACUUUUUCCAAGUCAGCAGUACUCACACUGCCCUGACCUAAUUGCCCACAUUUUCCGGUUACAGCUGUGUAAGCUUAUGGAUUUAAUCCUUAAAAGGCAAAUCUUCGGACGCGUGUCAUAUGUAUACAGUGGAAUGGCAGAAACGCGGCUUGCCUCAUGCCCACAUUCUGCUGUGGCUCAACGAUAA